GGAGGAAGGAUAAGCUUUUCUGGACAAGUGAAUAAUUACAGAAACACAGUGCAACAAGUAGUGCAAAUACUAGGAAAUGAAAAUGCAGCAGCAGAUUAUUUGAGCAAGUGCAUAUACUCUGUUGGAUUGGGCAGCAAUGACUAUCUCAACAAUUAUUUCAUGCCUCUUUAUUACCCCACUAGCAGACAAUUCACUCCUGAACAAUAUGCUAGCGUUCUUAUUCAACAAUACACUCAGCAACUAAAGAUUUUAUACAACAAUGGAGCAAGGAAGUUUGCGUUGAUUGGAGUGGGCCAAAUAGGGUGCAGCCCAAAUGCAUUGGCCCAGAACAGCCCAGAUGGGAGAACCUGUGUACAAAGAAUCAAUGUAGCAAACCAAUUAUUCAACAACAAACUAAAGGCACUUGUUGAUAACUUGAAUGGAAAUACCCCAGAUGCAAAAUUCAUUUACAUUAAUGCUUAUGGGAUUUUCCAAGACUUAAUUGAUAAUCCCUCUGCCUUUGGACUUAGUGUGACAAAUGCUGGAUGUUGUGGGGUAGGAAGAAAUAAUGGCCAGAUUACAUGUCUUCCUUUCCAAAGACCAUGCAGAAAUAGAGAUCAAUAUCUAUUUUGGGAUGCAUUUCAUCCAACUGAAGUUGCAAAUGUAGUGGUUGGGAGGAGAUCAUAUAGAGCUCAAAAAUCAUCUGAUGCAUACCCUUUUGAUAUUAGUCGCCUAGCUCAACUUUGAAGAUAGAGAGAUGACAAAUCAAGUGUCAUGCAUCUUCCUUUCAAAUUAAAUUUUCUUGUGGAGUUCUCAUCAUUUACUAUAUAUAAGAUGUAAUCGGAAGAGUUUAAUCUCGUCAGUUUUUCUAUUGCUGAAAUUUUGUAUUUCCAUCUUCCACUUUCAAUGAGAAUUUUAUUACUAUAA